GUCUAAAAGACCCGGCAAAGAAACUCUUCUUAUAACGACCAUGCCCUCAAACAGUUUCGUUUACCAAUGUAGUUGCCUUUGGAAUUCAUUCCGUCAGUUGUUGGCACUGAACGACCUUGAAAUGACUCAUGGUGUAUUCAAAUCGAAGUAAUUUUAUGAUGAACCAGACGGUUGAAAGUGUCACUGCGAGUUUAUUCCGAGAAUAUCUCUACCGUAACAACUACAGGUCCACAUUGGAGGCUCUUGACAAAGAAGUCCCUAGAACCAAUUGUUCUAUAACUAACAGAUUGGAGCUUGCAAAGGUUCUCCAUAUACUGAAGCUCAUCAAAGCCAAUAAACACAGAGAAAAACCAUACCCUUCAAUGGCUGAGAUGAUUGUAGCUGAUUUGAUAGCAAAGGCAAGUGUGAGAAAUCCUGAAAUUUGUAUAGAGGAGCGUCAGCAUUCAGCAGAAAUGAACUCUGAUGGUCUGGUUAUAAAGGGAACAUUUUCACUUACUAAAUCAGAUCCCCAUAAUGAUAAGAAGAAACCGACUGAUGCCAGAGCAAUGCAUCAACAGUGUAUGAAAGACCAAUCUCUCAACGACAGACCCAUGAGCAACUCAUUUUCUAAAGCUAGAAUGAUGCGGAACAGUCAUCUAAAAAACAUAGGAAAAUCCAAUAGUACUCCCCUUAAGGAAGCUGGACCACUUCAAGUAGUGGGAAAUAGCCAAAAAUCACGUGAAAUUCCAGUUGCCACCCGACCACCUUCAAGGCAGAAAAAUUCUUACACAGAGUUUGAGUCUCUACAAGAAAGAAGCGAAGCAGUGGUGCCAAAAAUGCCAGAACCAACAUUUAACAUGGAGAACAACAACACAAAAAUGUCAAAAACCAACGAAAGCCUUGAAUUUAUUGACAUCGAAGAAGAUAUCGAUGAUGAACUUCAAAAGUUGGACCUUACAUCUUUACGAUCAAGAGUGAAACAACCAGCGAAGGCAACUGCAAAACUUGAAGAUCUAACUGUGACAGAUGCUAUCAAGCUUCGGGAAAUUGUGUUUGGUAAUGCCACUAGCGUCAGUUUUAAUCCUGAGUGGGAGCAGCAAAGUUUUACUUUCAAUGAUAAGUUCGAAUUAGAGUUUGGACUUGUUCAGCAUAAAGGUGGUCCUUGUGGCAUCUUGGCUGCUGUUCAAGCACUUGUUAUCAAACACUUGAUGGCUCAUUACUAUGGGAACCUAUCACCAAGCAAUGCUGAGAGACAACAAGUUUUAACAAAAGUUUUGGCCUCGAUCCUUUGGCAAGCGGCCAACUAUGAUGGAGGAAUGAAAUAUGCUUAUGUUUGUUAUGAUUCAGGUCGGAGCAAAUUCCAGUCUUCAAUUUUGUAUAGAAAAGACGGGAUAACCGAAAAAUUGCAGUUUUCACGAUGCUCUACACUCACAGCUACUGAAAAUUGCGUGCAAGAAUUUUUGCCUCAGUUCCAGAGUCCAAUGGGUAAAGGGUGCAUCUUGUUCCUCUACAGUCUUAUUCUUAGCCGUGGUGUGGACGCCAUAAAAGCUGACUUGGAUGAACCAGGUGUUGCGCUAAUGGCAAAUCAUGGGUACUGCAGCCAGGAGCUUGUUAAUCUGUGCAUGAUGGGCUACUCAGCUCAAAAUGUUUUUAACGAUGUUAUUGAUUUGGAUGGAAAAAUCUUAAAAGGAAUUCGUGAACCGAGGGAUAUUGGGUUGUUGACAUUGUACGAGUAUUACAAAGUAUUUGAGGUUGGAUCUUAUCUGAAGCGUCCCUCAAGUGGUAUUUGGGUUAUUUGUAGUGAGUCCCACUACUCUGUCCUUUUUAGUAAGAGGUCCGGGUGCUCUCCUCAUCAGAUAACUGACUUGUAUUAUUAUGACAGUUUGGGAAAUCAAGAGUCGCUGUACAAGCUGACUGUGUACCCUGAUUCUGGAGUUCUCAGUUCGGACGAGGACCCCCCUUUGGAACUCUGCAUCAGAACCCUCUGGAACAGUGCCAGAGUAGAUUGGAACGGCUCUGAACCACUCCUAUAAAGUUAUUACAACAUUAGGCCUGAAAUUAAAAUGAACGAUUUCAUUUCUGAUUAUGCUGGAUGUAUCUAUGUAUGCUUUUUUAUUUUGAUGAAACAUAUUAAUAGUUCCAUUGUGUUGCUGCAGUGCAGUAUAACACAACUUUAUUAUAAUACCUACAUUUUAUGAUUUAUGUUCAUCAUUGUUGAAUAACAGUCAUAUAACAUUUUGUUCGUUUCUAAGUUUAUACAUGUAUUCAAAAAAGGUAUUUUAGAACUUAUGUUACAAACUUUAUCGAGAUGGGUGAAAUAAUACGGUAUACUGUGUAAACUGUUAAUCAUUGACUGUUGUCAUUUCCAAUUUUAUCCAUUUGCUUUACUGAAGUAACAGAAUCUUUUUUGCGUUUGUACGCACAUAUCAUGUAUAUUUAAUACUGUUACGUUUGAAUAAUAUAGAUAUUAAACACCAGCAAUGUUAUUCAUCACAGUGGAAAUUUUUGUUUUGCAAUUAAAAAUAUUUACUUUUUUCAGUUUUGAAUUGUUAAGUUGUAUGUGUACAUUAUAUAUAAUACCCGUUUAUACCGUGCAUUGCUGUAAUUGUCAUUAUAAAACUAACAACUGAUUUAAUA